AUGAUAUCGCACAGACCGACAAUCAACCCAAACGGUGGGACGAGCUUCGGCUCCGACGUACCAAGUUAUUACCUCGACCCUUCUUUUGAACAGAGCAUGCACUCGUCCAAAUUUGACUUCAAUAAUAACGCGUCGUCGUCCAACGAUGAGUCCCCACCAGUCUCAACUCGAUUCAACAAUGGCUCGCCCGACUUGAAGUCGCUGCCUUCUUUCUAUCCGGGAGACCAUCCAAUCUCCCCCGUCGGCCACCCAUCUUCUCUAUCAGUGGGAUCGCAUCAUCCUGAUCGAUUCUCUGGAGGCACAGCAACAACUCGGAAUGAACAGUUUCCUCCUCCAUUUCGCCCCGAUAUCGGCACUCAUGGACGGGCUAUAAUGCUCAAGUCGAACUACUUCAAAGUCGAUAUCCCCAACUCUGACCUGCAUCACUACGAUAUCGAUAUUAAACCCGACAAGUGCCCGCGCCGAGUAAAUAGAGAGAUCGUGGAAAUGAUGGUUGAGAACUACAGGAACCAAAUCUUUCAAGACAGACGGCCUGUCUUCGAUGGAAGAAGGAACAUGUACACAGCGCAGCCCUUGCCAAUCGACAAACAAAAAGUGGAGUUAGAUAUCAGUCUUCCUGGUGAUGGAAGAGAAAGAGUUUUCAAAGUGUCAAUCAAAUGGGUAGCGAGGGUUUCGCUUUUCUCAUUGCAACUAGCUUUGGGAGGCCAAAUCCAUGGGAUUCCAUUUGAGACAAUUCAAGCACUGGAUGUCGUCAUGCGUCAUUUGCCUUCGAUGAGGUACUCUCCUGUCGGAAGAUCGUUUUUCUCAGCCCCUGCGAAUGGGAUCGGCAGAUCCCUCGGUGGUGGGCGAGAAGUGUGGUUUGGUUUUCACCAGAGCAUGCGCCCUAGUCAGUGGAAGAUGAUGCUCAACAUUGACGUUUCUGCCACUGCUUUCUAUCGCGCUCAAUCGGUUGUUGAUUUUCUCUGUGAGGUUCUUGAAAUCUCCAGGAAUGAGCUGUACCACGCUGGGGGUCUCUCUGACUCCCAUCGAGUCAAGUUUAUGAAGGAAAUCAAGGGGUUGAAGAUCGAAAUCACUCAUUGCGGCUCUAUGCGAAGAAAAUACCGCGUCUGCAACGUCACUCGCCGGCCUGCUAGUCACCAGACAUUUCCACUCGUGUUACCCGAGAACGAACAGACAAUCGAAUGCACCGUUGCACGUUACUUUCAAGAACGGCAUAAUUACACGCUAAAGUUCCCCUUUCUUCCAUGUCUCCAAGUUGGUCAGGAGCAAAAGCACACUUAUCUUCCACUGGAAGUUUGCAACAUUGUUCAAGGCCAACGGUGCAUCAAAAAGCUGACUGACUCGCAGACAUCAACGAUGAUAAAAGAAACCGCGCGCACUGCGCCAGAGCGUGAGAGGGAAAUCUCCAAUCUUGUCAAGAAAGCAGGAUUCAACAAUGAUCCAUAUGUUCGUGAGUUCGGAAUACAAGUUAUCGAUGAGAUGACGGAAAUACGAGGCCGCGUCCUUCCCCCGCCAAGACUCCAAUAUGGUGGAAAUAAUCGAAAUAAUAUCCAAGCAACGCCAAACGGAGGAGUCUGGGACAUGAGAGGGAAACAGUUUCAUACUGGAAUCGAGGUCAAUGUCUGGGCGAUUGCGUGCUUCGCCCAUCAAAAACAAUGCGCGGAGCAAAACUUGCGAAUGUUCAUUAAAAAGCUCCAGCAAAUAUCUGAAGACGCUGGAAUGCCCAUUCGAUCUGGCCCCGUUUUCUGCCAAUUCGCACAGGGUUCAGAUCAAGUCGAGCCGAUCAUGAAGUUCUUGAUGAAUCGGUAUCCCAAUCUUCAACUGAUCAUGGUCGUCCUUCCCGGUCGAACACCCGUUUACGCUGAAGUCAAGCGUGUUGGCGAUACGCUCCUUGGAAUCGCUACCCAAUGUGUUCAAGUAAAAAACGUGACUAAAGUCACAACCCAGACGCUGUCCAAUCUGUGCCUCAAGAUCAACGUAAAACUAGGCGGCAUCAACAACAUCCUGGCUCCAAAUGCGCGUCCACGAGUUUUCAACGAGCCCGUCAUUUUCAUAGGAGCUGAUGUCACUCACCCACCUGCUGGAGAUCGUCGCAAACCAUCGAUCGCUGCUGUUGUAGCGUCAAUUGACGCGCAUCCAAGCCGCUAUUGCGCUUCUGUUCGAGUUCAACGCCACCGUCAAGAGUCCAUCGAAGACUUAGCGACCAUGGUCAAAGAUCUAAUGCUCGAGUUUUAUAAAGCGACGACUUACAAGCCCGUGAGAAUUAUUGUAUACCGCGGAGGAGUCUCCGAGGGACAAUUCCAAGCUGUUCUCACACGAGAGCUGAAAGCGAUCAGAGAAGCGUGUGUCAAGCUAGAAGAUAAUUAUCAGCCUGGAAUCACUUACGUCGUUGUUCAAAAGCGCCAUCAUACUAGGCUCUUUUGCCGCCAGUCAAGCGACAAAUGUGGAAAGAGUGGAAAUAUUCCAGCUGGAACUACAGUAGAUAUGGGAAUUUGUCACCCAACAGAGUUCGACUUCUACCUUUGUUCCCACGCAGGAAUUCAGGGAACAUCAAGACCAUCUCAUUAUCAUGUUCUUUGGGACGACAAUGAAUUUUCAGCCGACGAGCUGCAAAAUCUUACCUACCAGCUAUGCCAUACUUACGUCCGAUGCACUCGAUCUGUGUCUAUUCCGGCGCCGGCUUACUACGCGCAUCUGGUGGCUUACCGCGCGCGCUAUCACCUCGUCGACAAAGAUUACGACUCUGGCGAGGGUUCCCUCAUCUCCGGCACCUCUUCUCGCGACGUGACCGACAUCAGUCAAUACCAAUCGAUGGCCAAAGCAAUUCAAGUUCACCAAAACACGUUUGGCUCAAUGUACUUUGCUUAA